UCACAGAAGAAAUAUUUUUCUUUUCGGAAGAAGAUCCCGACAAAGCGGCCCUAUUUCUUUUCAGCCCGAAAAAGUCGAAUUAUCCGAAAACCGACGAUGUACGCCAGGACAAAUACCGGCAGCACACACGGAGACUUUCAAGAUAGAAACGGAGUGAAUUAUGUGACAUCAACAGAGUCUUUCGGCCACUGCUCUCAAUUGUUCUGGAAAAAGGAUCCCAACGACUCCGGACCGAGUUCGACCAUCAGCUGGUGCGAUCAGCUCCCUACGUCCUCGGCAGCCCUCUCCAGUUCCAGUCUCUCCUCAGCGUCACUCUCCAGCUCCAGUCUCUCCUUGGAGUCCCGAGCACCGGCGCCAGCGGCGACGGCGCCAGACGACAUGGAUUCCGACGAGAGGCCGUACGCCUGCGACAUGUGCACCUGCGCCUACAAGCAUGCCAGCUCCCUGCUCAACCACAAGCUCACCCACAAGACUGGAGACUUCAGGUGUGACUUUUGCAGCAAGCCCUACACCAACUACAUGUCCCUGCGCAACCACAUGCGAAUCCACGGUCAGAAGCGCUACAUGUGCGACCUGUGCGGGAAGGCCUUCCGUCUGGCUCGGUACCUCCGUAACCACCAGAGGAUCCACGACGACGGGCCCAACCGCUUCGACUGUCCCUCCUGCUGCAAGAGCUACAGGACCAUGCUGGAGCUGGCCCAGCACCGCUGCACUGCUGCUGCUGCUACAACCAACCAGAACCGGUUCAACUGCCCGUCCUGCUUUAAGAGCUACAGAACCAUGCUGGACCUGGCCCAGCACCGCUGCAGCGCCGCGGCCAAAAACCAGUCUGGUGGUCGUCGUUCCAAUUAUGGCAGCGGUCAUCGCCGACAGCAGCAGCAACAGCAGAACAGGGCCAAUGCCAUGAUGCAACCGCCGCAUGGGGGACACAGCCAGCAGGAACCUCUGCCCUCCCACUGCGUCUCCCCCAUGUCCCAGGGAGGAGUGACCAGCCAGUCUGACCCGCACCAGCAGGGCCGUCCCAGCUCGGUGUCCUCCCAGAGCAGCCAGCAGAGCAUGAGGAGCACGUCCUCCAACAAACACAUCUCCUCCUCCAGUGCCACCCCGUCCUCCUCCUACUCCCUGCUCCAGCCCCUGGUACCUGAGGUAAAGGAGCUGAGCUCGGGAUACACUAGGCUGAGCGCCAACCCCAUGCCGAAGCACCAGGACACUUUCUCUCUGGCCCCCCAGCGCCCCCUCACCACCAUCAACCCCAUCGGCCACUCCCUCCAUCCGAACGGAGCGCCCACGCUCAAGCCUUCCCCCGUGCCACGCACCAUCCAGGCCAUGCCCUGGGAGCAGCGCUCCCUCUACAAUCAAUGAGACCCCGGGAACCAGCAGCCCGCC